GACUCCGGUGUUUCCGAACCAUGCCUAAGUGUUAUAAGCGAAACUUUUGAGCCACAUAAUUUAUAGUAAACAUCAAAUUCCUUUACAAACCACAUCUGUGCAUCGUACAUGCACGUUUGAUAUUCGCGACUUCAAACGCAAAUCUUAAAUUGGAACGCAAACUUUAUAUAUGUAUAUACAUGCACUGCCAAAGAAGACGGAACGUCGCAAAUCGGUGAUGAUGCUGAUUGCUUUGAUUGCAGCCGUGGGCCUGAUGAGCGGGAGGCUCAUGGUUGAUGGCGCCUUGAAUUCUGCGGGGAUGCCCGGCGGUGAUCCGGUACCAGGUGAAAUACACUUUGUAGCGUUGUUUCCUGGCGGAACAUGGGAGGGGCUGGAGAUAGCAGGUCGCAUGGCUGUUGCUGAUAUCAAUGCUAAUCCAAACUUUCUCAAGAACUACACUCUGGUCAUGCACGUUGACUACACGAAUCCAACCAACCCUGGUAAGCCGAACCAGGGCCUCGCUGCGUCCGCUUUCUACCAGAGCCUCUACAACGGUCCUCCCAAAUCAUUCCUGAUUGGCAGCUUCUACUCGGAAGAUUCGGGAAUCCUCUGUGAGACAGUCAAAUAUUGGAACGUUAUUCAGAUAUCUUUCGGGGCUGCCUCUCCUCUCUUGAGCGAUCGUGUGAAGUGCCCCUCCUUCUAUCGUAUACCGCAGUCCGCCGCUCAGCAAAACGUUCCGCGUUUACUUCUCCUCGACAAGUUCGGCUGGAACCGCGUCGCAAUCAUACGUCACAGUAACAUCUUGUUUACUGCGACUAUGGAGAAUCUCCGCGACAGACUGGUAGCAGCCAACUUCACCAUCGUUGCAAACGAGCUCUUCGACGAGGAUCCAUCAUUCGCUUUAGAUUACAUCAAGGUGAGAAAAAGUACAUUCACUCGGCAUUCUCAUGCAGCGGGAAAAGAUGCCCGAAUCAUUAUUGGACUUUUCUGGGAACCGGAAGCCAGAAAAAUCUUCUGUGAGGCUUACAGACUGGGAAUGACUGGUGAGAGGUACGCCUGGAUUCUUCGAGGUAUAGGGUAUAUCAAUCGUCAGUUCCUCACCCAGGAGGACCCCUCCAUCACGUGUACAGCAGAGGAGAUGAUUCAAGCCGGUCAGACGGCUAUCAUACCAAACUGGGUCUUCCAUACCGACUUCCCAGGUAUCAUCAUCAGCGGAGAGACUGCUGCGGAGAACAAGGCACGUUAUAUAGCAGAGGCCGGGGACAAGUUUAUGUCCUUUUAUACUUAUCCUUACGAUGCUGUGAUGGCUAUGGCCGCGGCCAUGAAUUCUUCUAUUGAGACCCUCGCUCAAGUGAAUAAGACUUUGGACAAUUUCAGCUAUGACGAUGAAGAGAUGCGUCUAAUCCUCAUGGAUCAGCUAGACAGUCUGGAUGUUGAGGGGCUUUCGGGUCCUCUAGCGUUCGAGAAUGGUGACCGGCUUGGAAGAUUCAUAAUUGAACAAGUAUGGGAUGGCGAGCCGAGGACGGUUGGAUACUACUUCGACAACGAGAAUCGAUUCGACUGGUCCGGAGAACGGAACAUUACCUGGAUAGGAGACAAUCCACCUCACGAUGAGAUCUUUUAUGAAAGUGAGCUGCUGACGAUGCCCCGGACUGUCUACGCAGCUAUCAGUGUGUUAUCCUAUCUGGGAAUCAUUUUAGCUUUUGCUUUCCUGGCGUUCAACAUAGCACUCAGAAACCAAAGAACCAUCAAACUGUCCAGUCCUAACAUCAACAACAUCGUCAUCUUAGGCAGCAUCAUGACCUUCACAUCUGUCGUCCUCAUGGGAACCGACGCCCGUAUCGUUAGCCUCGAGAACAUGGACACCAUAUGUAGGGCUCGACUGUGGACACUUUCUCUCGGAUUUACGCUCGCUUUCGGAGCCAUGUUCUCAAAAACUUUCAGAGUUCACAAAAUAUUCAUCAACAAGAAGCUACAAAAAGUGUCUGUAAAGGAUUACCAACUCGUCGUAAUGGUGGGAGGAUUUGUGCUCAUCGAGAGUGUUUAUCUUCUGGUAUGGGACCUUAUCAAUCCGCUGCAAGCUCAAGUCAUCCAAUUCACCGAAGAUGCAUCGACAUCAGAGGACCGUGUUAUUAUUCCAGAGCUUCAGGUUUGUCGGAGAAACGGUAUCAACAGCCUGUCUUGGCUCUCAGGGAUCUACAUCUUCAACGGAAUACUGCUCCUCUUUGGUCUUUUCCUCGCUUUUGAAACACGAGCCGUCAAAAUCCGUGCAUUGAACGACGCCAAGAACAUCGGCAUAUCCGUAUACAACGUGUCAAUUCUGUCAUCAGUGGGGGCGCUGUUCAACCUGGUGAUGGAUCCCAAAGACUAUACCUUGGUCUACAUAGUCACCGGUCUGUGCGUGAUUGUUAGCACCAUCACCACGCUCCUCGUCAUAUUUUUACCUAAGGUUAUUGACGUCAUAAAGUACCCGGAUGGGGCACCGGUGUCGACAAUGCCGGAUGAAUUCUCAACCAAUCUCAGCACAGCGAAUGCUAAUGGUGGGGAACAGAGGAAGAAGCCCAUCCUUUCCACAAUAUCGUCAAAAGUCGGUGACGGAGUAUCGGGGUCUAACGACGCCAACGGACAUCCAAGUUCACAAGAGGCCUGGAAAGAACCCGAAGUCCAUGAGAAGUAAAGCACAAGAUAAUGAUUAAAACUGUCAUAUUGCUCCGAUUGUCUCUUUUUCGCUCGCGUGAACAUUGCCAGCACAAAACACUGACCUCUACCUCCUGGACGGAUCAUCGCCCAAUC